CUACAGAGCAAUGGGGACGAAAGCGGCGUCGGCGUCUCCAGCCCCCGGCGCCCCGCUCCGCCGCUCCCGCCCUGCAAACCCGGGAGGGGGAGGAGCCGAGGAAUCGAAAGAGAAAACAGGCGGCGGGAGCUGGCGGCCGCCGGCCUCCGGGAGCGGGGCGCGGGGAUGGAGCUGCGGGCCCUCUGGCUGCUUUGCUGCUGCUUCUGCUGCUGCGGCCGCGCUGCGGACCCCCGCGCCACCUUCACGGCGACGGAGCCGCGGAGCCGCGAGCGACAGGCAGCCGCCUUCCGGGAAAGUCUUCAUAGACAUCGAUACUUGAAUUCUGUAUUCCCUGGUGAAAACUCCAGUGCCGUCUAUGGAAUAAAUCAAUUUUCUCAUUUGUUUCCUGAAGAGUUUAAAGCUAUUUACUUAAGAAGCAAACCUUCCAGAUUGCCCAGAUACCGAGCAGAAGUGCAAACAUCCAUACCCAAUGUGUCUUUACCAUUAAGAUUCGACUGGCGGGACAAGCGUGUUGUAACACAAGUGAGAAACCAGCAGACCUGUGGAGGUUGCUGGGCCUUCAGUGUGGUGGGUGCCGUGGAAUCUGCAUAUGCGAUAAAAGGGAAGCCUUUGGAAGACCUAAGUGUUCAGCAGGUCAUUGAUUGUUCAUAUAAUAAUUACGGCUGCAAUGGAGGGUCUACUCUCAAUGCUUUGAACUGGCUGAAUAAGACGCAUGUAAAACUGGUGAGAGAUUCAGAGUACCCAUUCAAAGCGCAAAAUGGCCUGUGCCGUUACUUUUCUGAUUCACAUUCUGGAUUUUCAAUCAAAGGUUAUUCUGCAUAUGACUUCAGUGACCAAGAAGACAAAAUGGCAAAAGCACUUGUCACCUUUGGCCCGUUGGUCGUGGUAGUAGAUGCAGUGAGCUGGCAAGACUAUUUAGGAGGCAUAAUACAGCACCAUUGCUCUAGUGGAGAAGCAAAUCAUGCAGUUCUCAUAACCGGGUUUGAUAAAAUAGGAAAUACUCCAUAUUGGAUUGUGCGGAACUCAUGGGGAAGUUCAUGGGGAGUAGAUGGCUAUGCCCAUGUUAAAAUGGGAGGCAAUAUUUGUGGUAUUGCAGAUUCUGUUUCUGCUGUAUUUGUGUGAUUUGUUGGGCAGAUCAAGGGACAACUACGAAAAUGAAGGUUCAUAAUGGAAUGGAGCAUAGGGUUCAUUCUCAGUGUUAUUUGCCUGUAGGCCAUCAGCUCAGUGGCCUGGAAGUAAUCUGUGGAAGAGUUGCCUACUUUAGGAUGAAGGUCAAGUUAAGAAUUUCUUCAAUUUGAAGACACUUACCUGGUUUGAUUAUUGUUUUUGUUUGCUUGUUUUAAUGAUACACUUCUAGUAAGAUUAAAGAAGGGAUAGGAAUUGCUUUUCCUUUGUAGAAUCAUAAUCACUAGCCUUAGCUCACACUUAUAUAGAAGAAAGCCAGCCUAAAACGGGGUGUGCUUCUCACAAUUCACAGCCCACCGAGAUGGAAUUUCUUAAGGAUUUUGAAAUGCCAAUUGCUUUACCUCCACAAAAGACGCAUACCCCUUGAACUGUAGAAAGGUCAUGUAGAAAGAAGCAAAAGGAGAAAGGCACUUUUUAAGAGCAAUAGAUUGAAAUUGAAGGACCGAUACGGCGGCUAUAUGGUAGGAAAAACUCAAGUAGCAUUGUCUGAGAGACUAUUGUUAGGAAACUUUGUCAAUAGGAUUCCAAUGGGUCUUUUUUCUUAGUUUGUUCUCCCUGUGUUGAGGAGCAAUGCAUUUUCCCACUCUCUUUCUCUUACUCUUUACUGUGCCACUCCUAAAUUUUCCUAGUGGCUUGACUUCCCUGACUAAAGAAGCCUCCUAUUUUUACUAUUUUGUAACCAUUUAUUUGGCUCCAUUUGUUUCUAAGCCUUUAUCAAACCAGGAUCUCACCUUUCGGUUCCUCCCACCAUUCCUAGGCACCACCCCUUUCAAAACCUAAUCCUAUCAGUCUGAGGUCUCAGCCAAACCGAAUUUCCUAGGCUCUCUGGUUUCCCACUCUUCUGCUUAUUUUUUCCAGGUUCCCAUUAGAACCACAUUUUUGUGCAUCUCUGCCUUCCUCCUGGUUCCUGGUUCUUGAUGCUGGUGUUCUCUCUUACAAAAGUCAUUAUGUGUGGGUGUGUGGGAGUGUAAGAGCCUCGGGGCAUAAGAGCUGACCUACUCAGUGAACAGAAGCACAAUACAUAGUAUUAAAUGGAUUCAUAUAAGAAAAUCAUAUCCAAUAUUGCAUAUGCAAACUUUUCUGAAAUUUAUGGUUGCUUUCUAAGGUGGAAUAUCUUAACAAAAACAGAAUUUUAGACAUAACAGCAACCUCUAAAAAAAUUGAGGGGGUGCCUGGGUGGCUCAGUCGGUUAAGCAUCCAAUUGACUUCAGCCAAGAUCGCAAUCUUGCAGUUCGUGAGUUUGAGCCCCACGUCUGGGCCUGUGCUGACAAUGAGGAGCCUGCUUGGGGUCCUUCCUCUCUUCCCCUCUGUCUCUGUGCCUAGCCUGCUCACACGUGCUCUCUCUCUCUCUCUCUCUCGAAAUAAAUAAGCAUUAAAAAAAAAUGAGGACGCCUCAUUUUCCUCUUACUUUUGAUCUUUAUUUAUCCAUCCCCUUUCUUAGAAAAAGAAAAAAGCAAAACAAAACACUGUAUUUCUUUGUUUUACACCAAACCAGAAGCAAUCUCAAAAUAAUAUGUGUUGACCCAGGUUUAGAAACAUUCCAGGAGGAAAAAUAUUGAUAAUUCUGAUUAACAUUUUCAUUAGCCAAGUAGGUCAGAAAGGAACCAUGUCCUGGUUCGUCUAGCUUGUAUUUAUUUACUGACUUCUGUAUAAGUGCUCUUCUGAUCAUCUUUUUCAAAUAUUAAAUGAUUUUUAAUUAUAAAAUGAAUAAUACCUCUCAGCUGUUCUGGAUUUUGAUGGCAUUUAUAAUAAAACAACCUAUAUUUGACUUCGGGUGAAAAAGACUCUUUUGAUAAGUGUAAGGCCUACAUUUUGGGAACACAGUGUUGAUGUGCUUUACAUUCACAUGUUUUCUCGGCUCCAAACCUAUAUAUUCAAUUUUUUGGUUUUCUCCAUAGACACCUUAACCUCAAUGUGUCCAAAAUUAUUCCCCUUUCCCUCCUUCAAAGAACAAACAAAACAAAACACAACGAAAUGAAAUAAAAAUAUGUCUGCACCUCCUAGAGUCACUAUUUGGUUAACAUCAUCAACAUUAUGUAAUCACCCAAUCAAACAUAGUGGGGGAAAUUUUAGAUAUUUAAUCAGGUCAGCUGCACUUUAGUAACCCAUCACUUAACCACCUACCUCCUCUCCAUUUCUACCAUCCUUUCCUAGAUGCAUGUUCUUUAGAAAUGUCUUAUCUCCACUAGUCAGUAGUCUACUUACCAGACCCCAUGUCCCUUAAUACAUAGGUUCUCAAAGUAUAGUCCCCAGACCAGAAGCCACUUGAGGACUUAUGAAACACUUUGUUUUAAUUAGUGCUCCAGGUAAUUCUGACGGAUGUUAUUAUCAUCGAUUUACCGUGUGUUCCCUGGAUUUGCAUUUCUGUGAGACAUCAUUAUCAUGUUAUCCCCCUGCUUUAAACCGUUGGGGAGCUCUGUAAUGCCUAAAAGAUAACAUGCCAACUCUUGGGGCACCUGGGUGGCUCAGUCCGUUAAGCAUCCGACUUUGGCUCAGGUCAUGAUCUUGAGGUCCGUGAGUUUGAGCCCCGCGUCAGGUUCUGUGCUGACAGCUCAGAGCCUGGAGCCUGUUUUGGAUUCUGUGUGUGUCUCUCUCUCUCUGACCCUCCCCCGUUCAUGUUCUGUCUCUCUCUGUCUCAAAAUAAACGAAAAAAAAAAAAAGAUAACAUGCCAACUCUUUUUAAAUACUUUUCACAAAGAAGCCCCUUUUCUACCUUCUUCACCUCAGUCUCUGCUGUUCUACAUGGGCCUGUGCCAUGCUCCAGCCCUAACUAGCUACUUGAAGUUCACCCAGUGAGACUAAAAGAAAAGCAAUGAAAUUUUCACAUAAUAAUUGGGAGUCACAAUGAAAAUCAUCAAGAUGUUCCUGGGUGUGAUUUCACAAAGGGAAAUACUAAAGAUCUCAAAGUGAAUACCAAAUUACACAACUUUAUACAAACUCUGCAUCCCCUUUAAAAAUUUUAAUUUGAAGUGGAUCCUUAUCAUUAAUACUAGAAACAAGUUUGAAUGGGAGCCCAGGUAGAAACCGGCAUUAUAAAUUGUUUUGACUUUACAUUAAGAAUUACUAAUAUAUCCUUUGGAAAAAAAAAAAAAAAAAAAACUCUUACAACUCUAUAGUUUAAUCACACCAAGAAGUAAAAAUAAAAAGAGCUAAGUCAAAUCAUUUAGUCUGUUAAAAGAAUAAACCUUUACAAAUAGCAUUCAUUCUAAGAUUCCAAGGCAUCUUGGUGACAGAGCGUCUGUUAAUGUAUUUUUUUUCAUUACUGCAUGAGAAAAGCCAAAGUUGAGGUAAGUAUUUCUAUCCCUGUCAUAUAGAUAGUCAACUGGGGCUUAAACUGGAAUUUGUACCAGAGCAGAUAGUUAAUAAAUGGCAGUGCCGGAAUUUGCUCCCAAGCUCCCAAGCCAUUGCUUUUAGCCACCAUUUUACUUGUCUCUAUAAUUUUCAGCUUAGCCACAAUCAGGUACUAUGUACAUGUGCCCAUGUACACACACACACACACAUACACACAUACACGCACACACACAAACAUGCUAGGGCCUUGUAAGUAAAAGCAAUUCUAUGUAAUUGUCCAGAGACAAACUAGACGUGAUCCUUAUAAGAUAAAACUUGUAACUGAGACCAAAGAAUAGUUCAAUUUCAUCAAGAAUUUGCGGCUUGCUUAUAGAUAACCACCCUAGGUCAAGACUGAUAGGCAUUUAAAUUCCUUUGAUAAUAUUUUGCACUCCCUUCAUAAAAGAAAUUUAACUAAGUAUUGCCAAUAUCCAGGCCAAUAUAGAAAAAGAAUAAAGCUCCUGUCUGAUCUAAACUCUUGGUCUAAUACUUACUAGAAAUGAACUGAAUCACUGUUUAGUCUAUUUUCUUCUCCCUUCUUCUGGAAAGUUCAGGGAACUAUCACUCAUGUCCACUUCAAUCCUGUGUUGACUAUACCUCCCAGACCACGAGCACUGGAACUGGGAUAAGCACCUUUGCCUUUCUGGUCUAGAGGUGCUGGAAGCAGGAACCUCGCCCGAGGAAGGAGCUGGCCUACAACAGGGAAGAAUAAAGCCAACACCUACAGAAAAGAAGAGAUGAGACACAGAGGAUCCUCAGAAGUUCCAGGAAUAUGGUACUCCAGGAACUGGAUGCAUCCCCAGGCUCCUCUCAAUCCUUUGAGCUAGUGGAGUAAUUGCCAAGUCCCCUCUGGGCAAGCUUCAGAUAGAUUUCUGUCAUUGGUCAUCGAGAGUCCUAAUAAAUACGAGCAAUGUUUCCAAAACAAUAUAUGGCAAAAUAUCUCUUAAACUUUUUGAUUGUACAACUCUUUGUGUAGAAUGACACAUUUUAUUGCACAAAGUAUUUGAAAUUGCUGAAGUUUCAAGCUUAUUAAAGUACAAAAUGAGAUAAUGAUUAUUAUGUUAAAUGGUUUACCUUAAAGUGUAAUUAUUAGGGGACAUUGAGGUUUUAAUAGGAAAACCUUCUACGUACAAUGUUACAAUUCAGCUGAAUUAAUUUCUUUAAUUCAUUAUUACAAAAAUGAGUUAAUAAAAUUAUUUACAGAAUUGAAUCAGAGCACCACAAUGCUUACCUAUAUAUAUAUAUAUAUACAUAUAUUACAUUAGGACUCUUGAUGUAUCAUGACAACUCAUAGAAAAUUUUAAAAAACACAGACUGAGAAAUCGAUGCCUUCAUAGAUCUGGAGAUGAGUUUAAUCUGAUUCAUCACUGCUGAAGUAAGAGCUGUCACAAUAUUCAGCCGUGUAAAGGAAUUUAUGAAUAAUUGGGUUCAUCUUCGGUAUCCAGUGUCGGGGAACCAGAUAUGUUGAAAGAUUAAAUAAAUCUACAAACACCUUGUACCUGUCACUGGAAAAACACAAAUAUACAGAUGUAGAUUCAUUGGCAUGAAAUAUUUAAAAUUUUUCAACAAAAAAAUUUCAUGAUUUUUUGCCAUAAUUAAUAUUUAAUAUUAUAUUUAUAUAUUAUAAAUUACAUUUUAUGUAUUAUAUAUAAUAUAUACAUAUAUAUAUAAUUAAGGAGUAUAAUCAUUAAGAUGGCCUUAUUUUCAUCCCAUAUCCAAAGUUCAUGCCAUAAAACAGUAUUACAUGUUUCGUUGAUCCUGACCAAGUUGGUUCAGAUUAAAACCUAGAGUCUUAUGAUUGUCAUGCUACCUUCAUAAAGAUAAGGGUGUGUUCUUGUGUCUGACUUUUAAAGGAGGGUAUGCAAAUUUUAAAAAAUGAAAACACAGAAAAUUCUUAGUUGUUCAUCAGAAAAUAUUUUCCACCCGCCAAAUAGCUGUCAAGUAACUGACAUGAAUGGAUUAAUAAAUUGAAGUACCAUCUUAGAUUCAUAAUAAAUGUCUAUAAAUGUGGUUUUAACAUUUACAAUAGCUCUUGUGUGUGUCAAACGUUUUAACUGUUGCAGUUUUACAGCAGAAGAGCAUUUGCCUUUGAGGUCAAAUUAGAGUUCAAGUUCUGCUCUGUCACUUGCAACUCGUGUGAUCUUGGACAAGUUGUCUAAACCUCAGUGUCUUGGUCCCUAACUCUGUAAAAUAAAAACUACAAUCCCUUCCUCUGACUGGGCUUUUGUAAAGACAUAAUGAGAUCAUGACACGCUAGAAAUGCUAGUUGUGUUAAUUAUUCCCACCACCCACUGAUGUGGGGGUUCAUGUCCUACAGGCAAUCAUGUUCUGUUUCAUGCUUAGAGAAUGUAUCCCCAGGGAAAGAGAAGGUAUUGUAAGGACUGUGAAAAUUCAAACCUAUUAAUCUUAUAAAUCUUUUAGUCUAGAGUUUAUUCCUAGGGAAAGUGAAAAUUUAUAAAAAUGAUAAAAAAUUGAGCAUGCAUGUUUUAUAACUUGUCAAUCUGAAAUUGGGAUAGGGAUGAAUAGGGAUGAAAGCCAUGUACAAUAUAAAGAAUUUGGGGGACUAAAUGUGAAUAUCUAUUUAUUCUGGAGCUGAUUCUCCUUUCCCAAAGAGCUUUGCAAGUUUCCCUGUUUUCAUAUAUGUCUAUCUCUAUAUCCAUCUAUAAUAUUGUGAACAUUAAGUGAGUUAAGAACACAGAUGUCCUAGAAAUCUCUCUAGCAUGUUUUAAGUGCUAAAUAAAUAUUGACCCCUUUUCUUGUAAAUACUCUCUGGGCACUCUCUGGAGUAGAUGGAAAUAGUUUUUAGAAAAUAGUCAUACCAGGGGACAAACUAUUUUUUCACUGUGUCAUUCACCUGGGCACGAGGACAUUAGUGGAAUGAAUGAUAAGUGUUUGAGUCUAGUCCAAACUUGGGCCAGAAUGAGUUGAAAACAUUCCUAUGUGGGUGAACUCCCUCAUAUCUUCACAGGUCAUGCAGCCACUGGUACCUUGCCCCAUCUCAUCUCAGAAUGAACUUCCAGGACUAAGGAUUUUUACAACGACCUCUCUAAUAGGAAUACCUUAAUCUAGCCAGCAUGAAUGUGUUGUCAGCGGUUCAGAUGGGAGCAAGUAUGAAUCACAUUUCCUAGGUAAUGCACAUGUAUGCGGAGAAACAAAAAAUCAGUGACUUCCACCAAGAAAAGCAGCGCGGCUGAUGCAUAUUACGAAAGCUUCUGACUAAAGUCUUUAAGAUGAACUGAGCAUGUGAACUUCUUCAUAAGGUUGUAACAGAUAAAAUGAACCCAGUUCUUGUUUCUGUAAGUGGAAUAUAAAUUUUCAUUUUAUUUCCCCCACGUGAGGUUUGAUAUUUUGAGCUCACAGGCAUACAUUCCGGGAAAAGGAUCCUUAGAAUAAAAUACCUUUACUGAGGAGAUGUUCAUGACGUUUCUCAUCAAAUAAGGAGAGUAACACCUCUUUUUGUUUCCGAAAUUCAGCCAUUUGUUCCUCCUUUUCCUCCGAUUCUUCCUUGGCCUUUAGGAGAAAUAUUGCAUUAAUAUUCCCAAGAGAGAUCAUAGAUUCUUAUUUUGGAAAACAUCUUUUGUGAGAAAUAGACUCACCAGGAGCAGAAAGGGUAUACUUGGAAAACUUACCAUAACAUCUAAUAUCACAACAAAUUAUGACAUGGGUCUUCUUGACACUCACUGGUUCUAUCCUUUUAUUUAAGUUUACGUGAUUUCUUAACCUCAUGAGAGAUUUUCAUCAAUAUCAUGAGAAAUGGACUCAGAUUGGGCAAAACCGGAAGUAACUACGAGUAGUCGGUAAUGAUCUAAUUUUAGACAACAGUUUUUUAUCACAGGAAAGGAAAUAAAGGAAAAGUUAAGAAUUUCCAGUCAGAAAAACUAUUAACUCUAUUAAUAUUCUAUACUCAGUAUUUUAUAAAUAUAAUUUCUUAGAUACUUUUCACCCUCAGAUAUUUGUUCAUUUGAUAUCUAUUGAUUCAUUUCAGGAAAUUCUUACUCUUUUGCCUCCAACAAAUGCUUUACUUACAACUCAAUUAAUUGAGCUGACACAAAAAUUAGUUAACUCAAUUAUUUUCCAUUUGUCUGAAUGAUGGCUCAUGUGGUAAGAAUUUGUAGGCACAUGAUUGUCAGUUAAUUAUUCAUUUAUUUAGUAAAUGUCAUGCUAAGGUGAUAGAGAUAAGGUGAGUAAAAAUUGAGUUCCUUGGGCGCUUAGGUUGCUAAGUUGGUUAAGUGUCUGACUCUUGGUUUUGGUUCAGGUCAUGAUAUUACAAUAGUGCAUUUGAGCCCUGCAUUGGGCUCUGUGCUGACAGUGAGGAGUCUGCUUGGGAUUCUCUUUCUCUCCUUCUCUCUCUUUGCCCCUCACCUUCUCUCUCUCUCUCUCUCUCUCUCUCUC